CGAGAAAAAUCCGUGAGGGUCGCUCAGGGGGACCUUGACAAUGUAUUUGCACUUUUCCAAGUGGCGGAGAAGGCUGCCUCCGGGGGCGUAUGGGGUGUCUUUUCUGUCCAAGCUGCCGUAGGCGGCGGAGCGACAUCCGAGAGCGAGCUGAGACAAGGCAAGGGGCUGAUUGACGAGGCCAUCAAGCGCAACGUACGACAGUUUGUCUACUCAAGUGUUGAUCGCGGCGGCAACGAUCAGUCGUGGGGCAAAGCGACCAAUAUCCCCCAUUUCCAGGUAAAAAACCAGAUUGAGAAAUACCUUCGAGACCAGACAGCAAACGGCAAAAGAAGCAUGGGCUGGACGAUCCUGAGACCUGUUAUCUUCUUCGACAACAUUGCGCCGGGUUUCGAAGCUAAGGUCUUUAUGACCAGUUUCCGCGACGUGAUGAAGGAUAAGCCGCUACAGUGGAUUGCCACUUCAGACAUUGGUAUCCUUGCAGCAGAGGUUUUCAACGACCAUGAGAAAUAUGCAAAGAAAGCAAUCGGCAUCGCGGGGGAGGAGCUCACGUUCAGAGACGUGAAUAUCGCGUUCAAAGAGGUUACGGGCCACGGUAUUGGAACCACGUUCGGCUUGCUGGGCAAAGGGUUAAAGGCUGGAGUAAAGCAGGUCGGCACCAUGUUAGACUUGUUCAAGGCGGAAGGAUAUAACCUUGACAUGGCUUUGGCGAGGAGCAUUCACCUUGGCGUAAAAGGGGUACGGGAGUGGCUGAAGGAGGAUAGCGCUUUUCCUCGACGUUGA